AAGAAGGAAAAAAUAACGACUGGCAGAUGACAGAUCAAAGAUGGCGGACGAAAUCGGCGAGCAAAUGUUACGAAUUUUCACAGACAAAGAAGGACCUAUCCAUACUGCAUUUCUUGCCUGUAAAAUUCCAUGUGCACAUGACAACUGCAGAAAUAGCCUACUACAAGGAUACAAGAAACAACCUCUGUGUGGUUUCUUCCGACUACAAAGAGCAGCUGAAUUUGUUGGAAAAGUGGCAGGACAAAAAUGUCGUCUUGUUUGCUUUUGGUGACUAUGAGUAUAUCUGCCGUAUGCUUGGAAUAUCUGGUGCAAGCGGACGAUACCCAUGUGUCUGGUGCUUGAUACACAACCAAGACAUGCGGAAACCACCCGAGGAGCGUGACCCCAUACAGCCCAGAACACCCGAGCACAUGGAAGAACAGCUGCAGAAUUUCCUUAACGAAGGAAAUGGGGACCUGAAAAAGGCUAAAGACUACUUCAAUGUCAUCCACGAGCCUUUGUUGGACAUCCCAAGUGAUAGGAUAUGUGUGCCUGGCCUACACAUAAGCAUUGGACUCUUUCUGAAGUUUUAUAACCUUUUCAUGACUGAAUGCGAGAGCCUUGACAUAUUGAUUGCUAAGCAUAAGGCCAAGACAUCUGGUAAGCCAACAGGUGACACAGAUUUUGAUCAAUAUGUUAAGACUCUGCAUUCAGCUGAAAGACACCGUGAAAAGGCCAGGAAACUGAGGGAGCAGGCCAAGCAAGCACAGGAGCACAUCACGUUCAAAAUCACCAAUGAUGGCUUACAGUGUGACGAGGAAUAUGUUCACCCCUACCUCACUGGCCUGGUAAAGUUAGUAGGGAAUCUCUCAAAAAGGGCAGAAAAUUAGGAAAAGCUGGCAAAUGCAACAGGAAAGAUCCACCAUGAGCUUCAGGCACUGCACCGUACGCACAGCCAAACAAAGCCGGCUACGAAUCGCCUCAAAGCCAUCAUCCAAGAUCACUACGUGAUCGUUGCACCGGCAGGAACGCUAUUCCUGAGAAGAAAAGCAAUGAAGUUAGAUAGAAUUAAAGGCCGAUAUCAUUGUAAUAUAUUUGUAUAAGUACUUAUAGCUCUCGGUUGAAUCAGGCAGACUCCAUUAUUUUAGCAAACGAAAUACGAAAACAUAAUAUUCAUACUAAUUAUUGUAGAAGCUUGCAAAUUAUAUAAGUUACUUAAUCUUAUAUCGUUGAGGUUUAUCCGAAACCAUAGCAUAUGAUAGUAAGCGACUAACUUUAUGUAGAUAGAUAGAUAGAUAGAUAGAUAGAUAGAUAGAUAGAUAGAUAGAUAAUGUGAUUAACCCUAUUGCAGCGAAAGCUGAAUUACAGGGCAGCCAGUAUAUAUAUAAUACAUCCUUACAUUUACAUAACUUGUUGAUAACGAUAAGUACAGAAAUUGUUGAGCCUAUUCGUACGGCCGCAGAUGGGGACAACAGACGCCGUACCGGACCGUAAACCAUACCCAUGGUGCGUUGCUACAGGAAUAGGAAUUAAGCGUUUAAGGGGGCCUCCGCGUUUGUAAAACCAAUUUUAAAGCCACAAUCAAUAAAAACAGCUGAAGCCUCUAA